GUAUCCUCCUUCCUUUUCUGUCCCCUCAGCGGAAGUAGACGUGCUUGUCUAUUCCGUUCCUUAUAUUUUUAAUUUCACUUCACAAGCGCCGCUUAUUCCCCCCCUUGCCCUUAGGAUAAACGCAACCUAAGGCCAAAGCCAAAAUGGACGACUAAACUUCCCAUUAUAUUAUUAUCUUUUUUUAUUUUACUUCAGUUUAAUGGACCGGAUGAUUGUCACCUCCAACUGUGAUUCUCACAGCUUUGUAGGGGAGGGAGCUGUAUUCCGUGGGGAGGCCGGCUUGUCCAAGGGUUGUGAUGAAGUUUGCCCAGCCCUUGGAAAGCCAGCGGCUGUCAUUUCUUCUGAGAAAUGCAGCUUCUAGGGAGGUUCAGAUGUGGAAGGCGUUCGUGUCAAAAAUCCCAUCUAAUCAGGAUACACAUGUCUCGCUGCCCCAGAGGGAUGAAGCUGUCAGGUGGCUUGUUGACCUGCACAGAAACAUCAAGCUUUACCCAGAGACCCUCUCCCUGGCUAUCAGCAUUUUGGACAGGUUUUUAACCACCGUCAAAGCCCGUCCAAAAUACCUUCGCUGCAUCGCCAUCUCCUGCUUCUUUUUGGCCAUCAAGACGGUCGAAGAGGAUGAGUGCAUCCCGUCCCUGCAGGAUUUGGCUAAGACCAGCAGAUGUGGCUGUUCUCCAUCUGAAAUCCUGAGAAUGGAGAGGAUCAUACUGGAUAAACUGAACUGGGAUCUGCACACAGCAACAGCACUGGAUUUCCUACACAUAUUCUAUGCGAUGAUGCUGUCGUGCGAGUGCCGUCUCCCUCUGGGUCUGCUGGGCAUGAAUGCGCCCCAGCACGUCUCGCUGCUCACUCAGCAGCUGCACCACUGCCUCGCAGACCACAGGGUGCUGCAGAUGAAAGGCUCCAUGUUAGCUGUUGCCAUCAUCAGCCUGGAGGUCGAGAAGUGCUGUCCUGAUUGGCUGGUCCUCACUAUCGACCUACUCAAAAAGGCAGAGAUCGACAGCUCCCAGAUAAUCCAGUGUCGAGAGCUGGUAGCACGUUCGCUGCCUCCACACCAAGCCUCCCUGCCUCCCAACACUCUAUACAUAUACCAGCCCCUGCAGCAAAGCCAAGCAUCUUGCAGCUGGGGACCCCCACUGUCUCAGCACCACCUUCCUGGAUCACCCCCAUUGUCAUCCCGAAGGGGCAAAUGGGUCCACCUUUGCCCCGGUCUUACUCGGCCCUGCGUCCCAGGCCGUCUUCGUAAUCGCCCUCUCCAUUUGUCCCGCAAGCACUCUGCCAAGCGCAAGGUGGAGGAGAUGGAAGUGGACGAGUUUUAUGACGGAAUCCGAUGCCUCUACAGCGAAGACGGCAACCAGGAGGGGGCAGCGGGGGAGGGGCAGGGCCUUGCCUGCAGUUCCUCGCUGGGGUGGCAGGACGGCAGCCUCUCACCCUGCCCCCCGCUGCAACCCGCCAUCGGCGUCAUCUAAAAGAGAAAGAAAACAGGCCUUCUCUUAAUAAAUAACGUGCAGAGCAGAAGACAAUUCCACAGUCAUAGGCGUUAUCUCUCCAGGCUAGACUGAGCCAAAAAUACAAAAAAAAAUGCUUCUUAUUGAUUUUGAACUAUUUAAGCACCAAUUAAAAUAAAGAAAAAAAAAACCCAUAUAUACUUUUCUUUCUUUUUAAGAUAGCGUUGAUUUCCAUGAUUCCUGAAAUGCCUUUAAAAUCUCAUGUCUCCUGUGUUACGGCUUUUCUCACUGCAUAUUGUAUUGUGUUGUUUCAAGCUAGUCAUGGAACAUGCUUGAAAGAAUGUGGUACACUGUGUUGUCAAUGUCAGCAGUUUGCUGGUCCCCACUAAAAUGAAUAGUCUGACUUUGUUUCGUCUUCCACUACUCGUUGAGCAAUGCUCCUUAGUAUGUUUUAGGAGUUUGCAGAAAGUGUUACUACUAAGCUAAGGAUGCAGCAUGUUCUUAUCACUGUUAAAGAAGAGGAUCCGUGAUAGAUGAAAUAAAAGCAAUGUGAUAUGUUGCACUGAUCGGAAUCCACGGCAUUUUCCAUUGCGGUUUAUAAAUGCUAGCUCACUGUCUAAUAAAAUUAUCUUUCUAUGCCAGGUCAUGAUAAUUACCUUUGUACUGUGGAAAUGUCUGGGACACCAAUAAAGAAACAAAUCCAAAUAUUA